CCGAUUUACGACCAACCACAACGGGUUACUUAUGGUCCCGGAUAUUUUGAGUCAUAUCAAACUUUAGGCAACAUCCAAUAUAUUCAUGGCUUGAAUAUGAAUGAGUCUAAUAUCACCCAUCUUGAGGCUUCAACUGCUCUAGCGUGCAAGACAAUUGGUCCCAAUUUGCAUCUCCUUGAACUGGGCAAUGAGUUCAAUAUCUCUCCUAUCAUGUACAGAUCUACCAACUACACAAUGCAGGAUUAUGUCAAUGAAUGGAAUACCAAAACUGCUUCUGUCAGGGAUGCAGUUCACAAGGCUUGUGGUGGCUCCUUCCCGGGGCUCAUGGCGCCCAGCUUCAUAUUGCUUGACGGUCUUGACAUUGAUCCUCUUAUGGAUCUAUUCCCAGACGAGAUCACAAAGGGUCCUAUGCUUGACUUUGUUGAUCCUCACACGACCGCAGAGACGCUCUUCGAUAUUGAUGCAUACGACAAGAACGGCCUGAUCAAGGAACUCGGUUUCCAUCAUUACAUGGGUCUGAAUAUGCCCAUGGUACCGGAAUUUGCUGGUGAUCUACAAGAGGUUCUCAUGAACCACACGAACGUUGUUGAGGCCCUCAAAACGCAUGUUCAACGUGCCCAGAACCUCUCACACCUUGGUCAUCCAUAUACCCUUUCAGAAACCAACUCAAUCGGCGUCCAAGGACUCAAUGGACAAUCAGACGUGUUCGGUUCCGCAUUGUGGGUGGUCGACUUCUCCCUCUGGGCUGCAGAAAAUAACAUCGCGCGUCUCCACUUCCACCAAGGCCUUGAUUACCGCUACGGCGCAUGGCAACCCACCCAAGGAAGGCACCAGGGCCCAACCACCAGAGCACCAUAUUAUGGUCACAUCAUGGUUGCCUCUGCUAUUGGUUCCUCGAACGACACUCGGAUCGCAAAUAUCCCCCUGAAGAGCGAUACCGAGUCUGCAUAUGCAAUCUACAACGGGGACAAGCCGGCAAAGCUUGUUGUACUUAACCUCCAGGCCUUUAAUCACACAGGAAACCCUCGUCCAGGUAAAACCUACAGCUUCCAAGUGCCGAGUGAGGUUACUGGAGCUAAGGUUGAGCGGCUCACUGCCCCAGGGAGCGAUUCCUUAGAUGACAUCACUUUCGCAGGCGUUUCGUACGACUAUGAUCUGCAGGAAGGAAAUCCAGUCAUCAUCAAUGCGCAGGAUGAAAGGGCUGAUUUCCAGGAUGGCGUUGUCACUGUCAAUGUGCCGGACUCGUCUGCUGUUCUCUUGACAUUGAAUUGA